AAUUCAGUAGUGUAGCUUUAGGAAAAGUUAGACAAUGGAGCAGCAUUUAAAACCAGUGGUUUUCAACCUGUGGGGUGUGACCCCCCCAGGGGUUCAACAACCAUUUCAUAGGGGUAGCUUGUCAGAUAUUUACAUUAUGAUUUAAAACGGUAGCAACAAAAUAAUUUUACAGCUGGGGGUUCACCACAACAUGAGCAGUAUUAAGCAUUUGUGUUAGGAAGGUUGAGAGCCAUUGGUCUAAGCAAUAACCCCAAGUGUCUACUGCAGGGCAUUAGGUUUUUAAACAUGCCCUGAUUUGAACCACUCUUGGAAAAUUUUUCACAAUUGCUAAUUUGUCACUUAUACCUGAUAGCUGAGGACUAAUGAAAUCUCUUCUUGUGUGAUUAACAGCUAUAAUUGGUGACUACAGCUGCCUCCAAUCAGUUAAUUCUCAUCAACUCCUUGAAAUUUUGAAAGAAAAUGCCUGGUGUCAUACCUAGUGAAAGUAAUGGGCUCUCAAGAGGCAGUCCAUCGAAGAAAAACAGACUCUCUUUGAAGUUUUUUCAGAAAAAGGAAACUAAAAGAGCUUUAGAUUUUACUGAUUCUCAAGAAAACGAAGAAAAAGCUUCUGAAUAUAGAGGAUCUGAAAUUAGUGAUCAAGUUGUCCCUGCUGCACAGUCCUCGCCAGUAAGCUGUGAGAAGAGAGAAAACUUGCUGCCAUUUGUGGGACUGAAUAAUCUUGGCAAUACUUGUUAUCUGAACAGUAUUCUUCAGGUGUUAUACUUCUGUCCCGGUUUCAAGUCUGGAGUGAAGCACUUAUUUAAUAUUAUUUCAAGGAAGAAAGAAGCUCUGAAGGAUGACUCUAAUCAGAAAGAUAAGGGAAGCUGUAAAGAAGACCCUUUGGCAAGUUAUGAGCUUAUAUGCAGUUUACAGUCCUUAAUAAUCUCAGUUGAACAGCUUCAGGCUAGUUUUCUCUUAAAUCCAGAGAAAUAUACAGAUGAACUUGCUACACAGCCAAGGCGACUGCUUAACACACUCAGGGAACUCAACCCCAUGUAUGAAGGGUACCUACAGCAUGAUGCACAGGAAGUGCUGCAGUGUAUUCUGGGAAACAUUCAAGAAACAUGCCAACACCUAAGAAAAGAAGAAGUAAAAGACUUGGCUGAAUUACCUACUAAGGUAGAAGAAGCAUCUCAUGAGAAAGAGGAAAUGAGUGGAAUUAACAGCACAGAGAGUGACAGUGUGAGGAGUUUGGAGGACGGUAAAGAAAAGUUCCCCAAAGGAAACUGGAAAAGAAAAAGUGACAGUGAAUCGGGUAACGUGAAGAAGAAAGUUAAAAUGUCCAAGGAAUCCCAGCCAUCGGGAGAAACCCAGAGACAAACCAGAUCAAAAAGAAAAGCUACUACUGACACAUUAGAGAUUUCUCCUAAAGUCAUCCCCACGUGUGUCUCUGAAAAUGAGAGUGCAAGACCAUCACAAAAGAAAUCAAAAGUUAAGAUAAACUGGUUAAAACCCACAAGUAAGCAACCCAGCAUUCUUUCCAAGUUCUGUAGUCUGGGGAAAAUAACAAGUCAGCGACCCAAAGGACUACCUCAAAAAAGUGAGCGUGACCUUGAGGCUGACCUGGGGAAGCACGCGCGCGGUUACACGGCUGGUGGUGUGCUCCAGGCUCCGGGAAGUAGCGUUACACCUGUGGACAGUAGUGAAGUCAAGUCCAUAAACAAAGGUGUGGAGCAAAUUGGUUUUGAACUAGUAGAGAAAUUAUUUCAAGGUCAGCUAGUAUUGAGGACUCGCUGUUUGGAAUGUGAAAGCUUAACAGAAAGAAGAGAAGACUUUCAGGAUAUUAGUGUCCCGGUACAAGAAGACGAGCUUUCCAAGGUCGAGGAAAGCUCUGAAAUUUCUCCGGAGCCAAAAACAGAAAUGAAGACCUUGAGAUGGGCAAUUUCACAAUUUGCUUCAGUGGAGAGAAUUGUAGGAGAAGAUAAAUAUUUCUGUGAAAAUUGCCAUCACUAUACUGAAGCAGAGCGCAGUCUCUUGUUUGAUAAAAUGCCUGAAGUUAUCACUAUUCAUCUGAAGUGCUUUGCUGCUAGUGGCUUGGAGUUUGAUUGUUAUGGUGGUGGACUUUCCAAGAUCAACACUCCUUUAUUGACACCUCUUAAACUGUCACUAGAAGAAUGGAGCACAAAGCCGACCACGGACAGCUAUGGGCUGUUUGCUGUGGUGAUGCACAGUGGCAUCACAAUCAGUAGUGGGCACUACACUGCAUCUGUUAAAGUCACUGACCUGAACAGUCUAGAGCUAGAUAAGGGGAAUUUUGUGGUUGACCAGAUGAGUGAAGUAGGUAAGCUGGAGCCACUGAACGAGGAGGAAGCAAGAGGGACGGCGGAACACUAUGAUGAUGAAGUGUCAAUCAGAGUUGGUGGACAUGCCCAGCCAAGUAAAGUUUUGAACAAAAAAAAUGUAGAAGCUGUUGGACUUCUUGGAGGACAAAAGAGCAAAGCAGAUUAUGAGCUGUACAACAAAGCAUCUAACCCUGAUAAGGUUGUCGGGACAGCAUUCACUGAAAAUAGAAAUUCUGAAACAAAUGAUACUAAUGGGACCCAUGGAUCUGACAGGAACAAGGAAUCCAGUGACCAGACAGGCAUUAACAUGAAUGGAUUUGAGAACAAAAUUUCCUAUGUAGUGCAAAGCUUAAAGGAGUACGAGGGAAAGUGGUUGCUUUUUGAUGAUUCUGAAGUCAAAGUUACAGAAGAGAAAGACUUUCUGAAUUCUCUUUCCCCUUCUACAUCUCCCACAUCUACUCCCUACUUGCUGUUUUAUAAGAAAUUAUAGUGAGCAUAUUUUCCUUGUAUAUAUUAAACAGACCUGGACAGACAUUGGUUAAGUUGAUUACAUCUAAGAGUCUUUAGUUUGUCUUUUGAAGCUAAUGGAUAUUGGUCUCUCUAGGCUUUUAUAUAAAUAGAGAAAAUUUGAAUACCGAAAACCAUGUUAAUUUUUAGAAUCUUUUUCCUUAGUAGAGACUAGUGAUAAAUACGCUUCUGGGAACAAAUUUGUAUAGGUACUAAAUGAUCCAAAAUGGAAGCUUGAAGCAGUUAACACUUUUGGAACUACAUGAACUUUUGUGUUUGCUUUUUAAAAUAAAGUGCUUGUAUUUGUAUUCUCCAUAUUUUGGAGCAAUUACCUAACUUGAUGUUCAUAGGUCUGGCUUUUUCACCCAAGAAACAGAAUCUCAUUCAGUGUACUUAGUUUUAUAAUAGUCGUGAAGCCAAA